GGACCUCGGCGCCCGCGUGCUCUCGGCGCAUCGAGCGGAUCCUGCCCCGCCACGACGACUUCGCCGAGCGCCACAUCGGCCCAGGUGAGCGCGAGAAGCGGGACAUGCUGGACGCGCUCGGACUGGAGUCCAUCGAGCAGCUGAUCGAGAACACCGUGCCGUCGUCCAUCCGCAUGAGGCAGAGCAUGAAGCUGGACGACCCAGUGUGCGAGAACGAAGUGUUGGAGUCGCUGCACAAGAUCGCAUCCAGGAACAAGGUGUGGCGUUCCUACAUCGGCAUGGGCUACUACAACUGCUCCGUGCCGCCGCCCAUCCAGCGCAACCUCCUGGAGAAUGCCGGCUGGGUGACCCAGUACACGCCCUACCAGCCCGAGGUGUCCCAAGGUCGCCUGGAAUCCCUGCUCAACUACCAGACCAUGAUCUGCGACAUCACGGGGCUGCCCAUGGCCAACGCGUCGCUGCUGGACGAGGGCACGGCCGCCGCCGAGGCCAUGCAGCUCUGCCACAGGCAGAACAAGCGAAGAAUCUUCUACGUGGACCCUCGCUGCCACCCUCAGACCAUCGCAGUGGUGCAGACCAGAGCCAACUACAUCGGCGUCGAGACGGCGCUGAAGCCGCCGCACGAGAUGGACUUCGGCGGGAAGGACGUCAGCGGCGUUCUGUUCCAGUACCCCGACACCGACGGCAGGGUGGAGGACUUCACGGCCCUCGUGGACCGGGCGCACAAGGGAGGGGCCUUGGCCUGCUGCGCGACGGAUCUGCUGGCGCUGUGCGUGCUGCGCCCCCCCGGCGAGUUUGGCGUGGACAUCGCGCUGGGGAGCUCCCAGAGGUUCGGGGUCCCUCUGUGCUACGGGGGUCCGCACGCCGCCUUCUUCUCCGUCAAAGAGAACCUGGUCCGGAUGAUGCCCGGCAGGAUGGUCGGCGUCACCAGGGAUGCGGCGGGAAAGGAGGUGUUCCGGCUGGCGCUGCAGACCAGGGAGCAGCACAUCCGGCGGGACAAGGCCACCAGCAACAUCUGCACGGCUCAGGCUCUGCUCGCCAACAUGGCCGCCAUGUUCGCGCUCUACCACGGCCCGCAAGGACUGCGGCACAUCGCCGAGAGGACGCACAACGCCGCGCUGGUCCUGGCCGAGGGUCUGAAGAGAGCCGGACACCGGCUGCACGGCGACGUGUUCUUCGACACGCUCAAGAUCACCUGCGGCGUGGCGGCCAAGGACAUCCUGGAGAGAGCCGCGCAGAGGAGCAUCAACCUCAGGGUCUACGCCGACGGCGCGUUGGGCGUAUCGCUGGACGAGACGGUGACCGAAAGGGACCUGGACGACUUGCUCUGGGUCUUCGGCUGCGAAUCCUCCGCCGAGCUGAUUGCUGAAAAGAUGGGCGAGCGGACCAAGGGCAUCAUGGGAAGUCCUUUCAAGAGGACCAGCAAGUACCUGGCGCACCAGGUCUUCAACAGUUACCACUCGGAGACAAACAUCGUGCGCUACAUGAAGCGCUUGGAGAACAAAGACAUCUCGCUGGUGCACAGCAUGAUCCCAUUGGGCUCUUGCACCAUGAAGCUGAACAGCUCCUCAGAGCUCACGCCGAUCACCUGGAGGGAGUUUGCCAACAUCCACCCGUUCGUGCCGCUGGAGCAGGCCGAGGGCUACCAGAAGCUCUUCAGGCAGCUGGAGAAGGACCUCUGCGAGGUGACGGGCUACGACAAGAUCUCCUUCCAGCCUAACAGCGGCGCUCAGGGAGAAUAUGCCGGCCUGGCGGCGAUUAAGGCCUACCUCAACUCGAAGGGGGAGAGCUCGAGAAGCGUGUGUUUGAUCCCCAAGUCGGCGCACGGCACCAACCCGGCCAGCGCUCAGAUGGCCGGCAUGAAGGUGCAGGUGGUGGAGGUGGACAAAGACGGCAACAUCGACCUGGCCCACCUCAAGGCCCUGGUGGACAAGCACAAAGCCAACCUGGCGGCCAUGAUGAUCACGUACCCGUCCACCUUCGGCGUGUUUGAGGAGCAAAUCCAGGACGUGUGCCAGCUCAUCCACCGCGCCGGCGGCCAGGUGUACCUGGACGGCGCCAACAUGAACGCCCAGGUGGGCCUGUGUCGUCCCGGAGACUACGGCUCCGACGUGUCGCACCUCAACCUGCACAAAACCUUCUGCAUACCGCACGGAGGCGGAGGCCCCGGCAUGGGGCCCAUCGGCGUGAAGGCCCACCUGGCCCCUUUCCUGCCGAGCCACCCGGUGGUCUCCAUGCGCUCGGUCGACAGCAGCAGCUCCCUGGGCACCAUCAGCGCCGCGCCGUGGGGCUCCAGCGCCAUCCUGCCCAUCUCCUGGGCCUACAUCAAGAUGAUGGGCGCCAAGGGUCUGGUUCACGCCACCGAGAUGGCCAUCCUCAAUGCCAACUACAUGGCCAAAAGGCUGGAGGGCCACUACAAGAUCCUCUACAGAGGCGCCAAAGGCUUUGUGGCCCACGAGUUCAUCGUGGACGUGAGGCCCUUCAAGAAAUCGGCCAACGUGGAGGCCGUGGACGUGGCCAAGCGGCUCCAAGAUUACGGGUUUCACGCGCCCACCAUGUCGUGGCCCGUGGCGGGUACGCUCAUGAUCGAGCCGACCGAGUCGGAGGACAAAGCCGAAAUGGACCGCUUCUGCGACGCGCUGCUGGGCAUCCGGCAGGAGAUCGCCGACAUCGAGGAGGGCAGGAUGGACCCUCGCGUCAACCCGCUCAAGAUGUCCCCCCACUCGCUGGCUUGCGUCUUGUCCUCCACUUGGGACAGACCUUACUCCAGAGAGUUUGCCGCCUUCCCCCUGCCUUUCAUUCGGCCCGAGACCAAGUUCUGGCCGACCAUCUCGCGGAUCGACGACAUCUACGGCGACCAGCACCUGGUGUGCACCUGCCCCCCCAUGGAGGCUUACGAGUCCCCCUACGAGGAGAAUCGGGCCUCCUCCUAGGGCUUUUCUUCCCCGUGAGCUCGGUCCCAACGUCCGCACCUGCCGUGCAAUUCUCGGGGAAAGGAAAAAAAAAAAAAAAGCCCGCAAACGAUCAGAGUUCACAUUUGUUGCGGAGCGGAAAAAGUCUUCAUCCAUAAAUUCAGUUGGACGUUAAGACUGAGCGCCUCCAUGAUUUGUUUUUCUUUUUCCAUUCAUAUCAGUAACAAGGCUGGGUUGUUUGCAACUCUUUCAGUGGACCAAAGGUGCAACUUUUGCUUUCCCCUCCACCCCAAAAAAUGAAAUCAUCAUCAUUGCGCCGGAACAGAAUUUUCCAAUAUUUCUCAAACACAAGAAGA